AUGCCUGGCGAAGACAAGACAUCACAACAACCUCGCCAGAGAAAAAGGAAUAAAAAGUCCCGUUCGAAGGGAAAGAGCCCUGGCACAGCUCCCAGUGCAGUUCUGAGUAGUACCUUGAAAGGACAGGAUGAGUUCAACUUGCCCUCAAUCAUUCAGCCACUUCCUAAAAAUCCAUUGGAAGCACGAACCAAAGUAGCAGUCGCCAAAAUUGAAGAGGAGUCAUCCCGAGCAAUAUGUCUGCAGGUUCUUUUUCCAUACCUUCUGGCUGGAAUGGGAAUGGUGUUGGCUGGGAUGGUGCUUGAUAAUGUGAAGCACUGGGAUGUGUUCAAAGUAAUCACAGAGGUGUUUAUCCUGGUGCCUGCGCUGGUUGGACUCAAAGGAAACCUGGAAAUGACCCUUGCAGCACGCCUCUCCACUGCAGCCAACACAGGACAAUUGGAUGACCCGAAUAAACAGUGGACCAUGGUGUGCUGCAAUCUUGCACUAAUACAAGUUCAAGCGACUGUUGUAGGCUUUCUUGCAGCUGUUGCAGCUGUGUGUUUAGGAGCAAUUUCUAGAGGGGGUAUUGAAUUUAACCAGGCAGCUGUUCUGUGUGCUAGUAGCAUCGUCACCGCAUUCGUGGCUGCUCUUUCUUUAGGCUUGCUGAUGAUUGGAGUAAUCAUCGGGUCCAGGAAGGUAGGAAUCAAUCCAGAUAAUGUGGCCACCCCCUUAGCUGCCAGUUUGGGUGAUUUGAUCACUCUUUCCCUGCUGGCAGGGGUCAGCAGCACCUUGUAUGAAUACAUAGAUACAUGGUACCUUUCUCCCCUUGUAUGUCUGGUGUUCCUGGCUCUUAUCCCAUUGUGGGUUCUUGUGGCCCGUCAGAACCCUCAGAGUAGGGAAAUUCUUUGCUCAGGAUGGCAGCCUGUUUUAAUCGCCAUGUGUAUUAGCAGCCUUGGAGGCGUAAUACUGGACAAGACGGUCAGUAAUCCCAACUUUGUGGGAAUGGCUGUGUUUACACCAGUUAUUAAUGGCGUUGGAGGUAAUUUAGUAGCCAUCCAAGCCAGCAGACUGUCAACCUACCUGCACCUUUGGAGCAUCCCAGGAGUGUUGCCCUUCAAGAUGCGGCAGCAUUGGCCAAAUCCCUACAUGACAUUCUUUUCCUCAGGUAUGAACUCCAAGUCAGCACGUGUGCUGCUGAUGCUGGUUGUGCCUGGUCACCUGGUCUUCCUCUACGCCAUCUUUAUGUUCCAGGGAGAUGAGGUGGCCAUCACCUUAUCAUUUGCUGCUUGCUACCUCUGUGCUGCUCUGCUGCAGGUGGCCAUCUUAAUUUACGCAGCCGAUCUCAUCGUUCGUAUAAUGUGGCGACGUUCGCUGGACCCUGACAACUUCUCCAUACCGUACCUUACGGCCCUGGGAGAUCUGCUGGGCACGGGCCUUCUGGCUCUGUGCUACCAUGUGUCAUUGGUUCACAGUCAGCACCUCUGA